CUGCUGCGGGAAUCAUCGUCGUUUGUGUGUGUGCAGCUUUUCUCGUGGAUCAUGGUGUCGCGAGGCGGGACGCGAGAGUUCUAUUUCAACACGGUUCUGUCGCUCGCGCGUUCUCUGGCAGCGCACCGCCCGGCGCCCGUCGAGAAGGUGCAGAAGUUAUUAUGCAUGUGUCCAUGCGACAGCCGCGGCGUCUUCACUCUGGAUGUCCGCCGCAGGGAUGCCGUCAUCGCACUGGCCGUGUUCCUGGUCGAGUCUGAUUUACAGCACAAAGACACUGUGGUAAGUUACCUGUUGAGUCUGCUCAAGGGAUUACCCAGAGUGCAGUGGGUGGAGGAGAAUGCUUGGAGGAAGUGUAAAGAGACUCUCCCCAUGGCGGAAAACUUCAGCUUCUGUCUGGUGACGCUCCUGUCUGACGUCGCUCAGAGAGACCCCGAGUCUCACUCACAGAUUCUGGAUGCUGUGAUGGAAGUGAUGCAGUCUCUGCUGGAGAUCUGCCAGACGCCCGAGAACCAUGAUAAAGUCUACCUGUGCAGGUAUGCUGUUCCGUGUCUUCUGGGCGUGGCCCGAGCGUUUGGUCGCUAUGGUAACGGCGGCGAGCCCCUCCUCUCUCGGCUGUUUCCGCGAGGAGCGCCGCAGCCGGCUCAGCGUGUGUCUGUGGAGACCGAGGGCGUUCGGAGGAGAUCCUUCAAUGACUUCCGCUCUAUUUUACCCAGUUCACUGCUCACGGCCUGUCAGGGAGACACGCUGAGACGCAAGAGCGGCAUCGCUAACCCUGACGCACAGGUGAGUCCGGACAGAGGUGGACCGUCGCCCUGCUCUCCCACAGCUCCAGGACCGCAGUAUUUUGAAGGUUCGUGUCUGGCGGAGGGCAGUGUGGUGAAUCCAGAUUAUUACUUCACGACGGUCAGCUCCAGUUUCUCCAUCUCUCCUCUCUUCACUGGAGCCAGCGGACAAGAAAUAAGCGUCCCUUUAGAGCUGCUGAGGCGUCUCUUACAGAUGGUGAAGCAUUUUGUCUCUGAUUCAUUCCUCAAGACUCUGGACGCUGUCGUGUCUGAGGUUACAGAGGCAAAUCCAGGCAUCGAUCUCUUUUACAAAACCUUCAGCGACCCGCUGUACGUCAGCAUGUUCAAGAUGCUGCGAGACACGCUCUAUUACAUGAAAGAUGUGCAGACGAGCUUCGUUAAAGAGGUGCAUGACUUCGUUCUGGAGCAGUUCAGCAGCAGCCAAUCAGAGAUCCAGAAGGUUCUCCGUGAGGAACGGUUGCCAGGGGAACCCAGUCCUCUCAAGCUCCGUUGUCAUGCCAACGCAGCCUGUGUGGACCUCAUGGUGUGGGCCGUCAAAGAUGAGCAAGGAGCUGAGAAUCUGUGCACUAAACUGUCAGAGAAACUUCAGUCCAAGACGUCCAGUAAGGUGAUCAUCGCUCACAUGCCGCUGCUCAUCUGCUGCUUACAGGUGAAGAGCGUCGGACAGUCGGUGUGUGUGUAUGCUGUUCCUUCUGCUGCCCUUUUCACAUCUUUUCUUUUAGGAGGCGGUGGGAUCAAAAUCAACGUGACCAAUGAACAUUCUCAGUCCACGCUCAACCUGCUGUCCAACAGAAAGGACCAGUCCAUGUACGAGCAGCUCCGAGACAUUUCCAUCGACAACAUCUGCAGAUGUCUGAAAGCUGGCCUCACUAUGGAUCCUGUAAUAGUGGAGGCGUUCUUAGCCAGCCUGUCAAACCGGCUCUACAUCUCCCAGGAAAAUGACAAGGAGGCUCAUCUCAUCCCGGAUCACACCAUCCGUGCGCUCGGACACAUCGCUGUGGCCAUGAGAGACUGUCCUAAAGUCAUGGAGCCCAUCCUGCAGAUCCUGCAGCAGAAGUUCUGCCAGCCGCCCUCGCAGCUAGACGUGCUGAUCAUAGACCAGCUGGGCUGCAUGGUCAUUACGGGGAACCAAUACAUCUAUCAGGAGGUCUGGAACCUGUUCCAGCAGAUCAGUGUGAAAGCCAGUAAUGUGGUGUAUUCAGCCACCAAAGACUACAGGGACCACGGAUACAGGCACUGCUCUCUAGCCGUGAUAAACGCCCUGGCUAAUAUCGCGGCUAACCUGCAGGGGGAGCAGCUGGUGGAUGAGCUGCUGGUCAAUCUGCUGGAGCUGUUCGUUCAGCUCGGCCUGGAGGGCAAGAGAGCCAGCGAACGCGCCAGUGAUAAAGGACCGGCCCUCAAAGCGUCCAGCAGUGCUGGUAAUCUAGGCGUCCUCAUACCUGUAAUCGCUGUGUUGACCCGCCGGUUGCCUCCCAUUAAAGAGGCCAAACCUCGCCUUCAGAAGCUCUUUAGAGAUUUCUGGCUCUAUUCUGUGGUCAUGGGUUUUGCUGUGGAAGGUUCUGGUCUGUGGCCUGAGGAAUGGUACGAGGGAGUGUGUGAAAUCGCCACAAAAUCUCCACUGCUCACGUUCCCCAGUGGAGAACCGCUGCGUUCAGAGCUCCAGUACAACUCGGCUCUGAAGAACGACACGGUUACUCCGGCGGAGUUAAGUGAACUGCGCAGCACCAUCAUUAAUUUGUUGGAUCCGUCACCUGAAGCCGCCGCCCUCAUCAAUAAACUCGACUUUGCCAUGUGCACUUACCUGCUGUCUGUGUACCGGCUGGAGUAUAUGAGGAUGCUGCACUCAAAUGAUGCCGACCGCUUCCAGGUGAUGUUCAGAUACUUUGAGGACAAAGCCAUCCAGAAAGACAAAUCAGGCAUGAUGCAGUGUGUGAUUUGUGUGGGUGAUAAAGUCUUCGAGGUUUUCCUGCAGAUGAUGGCUGAGAAACCCAAGACUAAAGAGCACGAGGAGGAGCUGGAGCGCCACGCUCAGUUCCUAUUGGUCAACUUUAACCACACCCACAAGAGGAUCCGCAGGGUCGCAGAUAAAUACCUCUCAGGACUCGCAGAAACGUUUCCUCAUCUUCUGUGGAGUGGAAGAGUUUUGAAGACCAUGUUGGACAUCCUGCAGACUCUGUCUCUGUCCCUGAGCGCCGACAUCCACAAGGACCAGCCGUACUACGACAUUCCCGACACUCCGUACAGAAUAACGGUCCCAGACACGCAUGAGGCGCGAGAGAGCAUCGUGAAGGACUUUGCCGCCCGCUGUGGAGAGAUCUUGAAGGAGGCCAUGAAAUGGGCCGCUUCGGUUACCAAAUCUCAUCUCCAGGAGUAUCUGAACAAGCAUCAGAACUGGCUGUCGGGUUUGUCUCAGCACACGGGUUUGGCGAUGGCUACCGAGAGCAUUCUCAGCUUCGCGGGAUACAACCGUCAGAGCACAACGCUGGGGGUUACCCAGCUGACGGAGCGGCCCACCUGUGUGAAGAAGGACUACUCCAACUUCAUGGCGUCGCUCAACCUGCGGAAUCGCUACACUGGAGAGGUUGCUGGGAUGCUUCAGUUUGCCAAAGCGACGCACAGUGAGUCAAACCUCAGCAAGCUGAUGGUUUCUCAGAUGAGUGACGCUCUGGUCGCCAAAGACUCGGACGCCUUCACACAGAACAUGUUCAAGAUGACCGCGCUGCUUAUCAGCACUAAAGACUGGGAUCUUCAGCUGCUGCAUCAUCUCUGCUGGUCUCCUCUGAAGAUGUUCACGGAGCAGGGAAUGGAGACGGCCAUAGCCUGCUGGGAGUGGCUGCUCGCUGCCCGCAAUGGGAUUGAAGUCCAGUUCAUGCGUGAGAUGGCGGCCGCCUGGCAGAUGACCGUCGAGCUGAAGAUGGGCUUGUUCUCAGAGACGGAGUCGGAGGCCGAUCCUUUAGCUGCUUCAGAAGAGAGUCAACCGCUGCCCCGUCCACCCAACGUCACGCCGCAUUCGCUCUGGAUUGAGUUUCUAGUGCAGAGAUUUGAAAUCGCUAAGUACUGCAGUGCGGAUCAGGUAGAGAUCUUCACCGGCGUCCUGCAGAGGGCGCUGUCUCUCAGCGUCGGCGGGCCCAAGAGCUGCCUGAACCGCCACGUAGCUGCUAUAGGACCCCGAUUCAGGCUGCUGACCCUCAGUCUCACUCUUCUUCACGCUGAUGUGGUCACUAACUCCACCAUCCGUAACGUCUUGAGAGAGAAGAUCUACUCGACUGCCUUUGAUUACUUCAGUGUGGCUCCACGGUUCCCCACGCAGCCGGAGAAACGCCUGCGUGAAGACAUCAGCAUCAUGAUCAAGUUCUACGCCUGUCUGCUGUCGGAUAAGAAAUAUCUCACGGCCACUCAGCUCGUGCCACCAGGUCUGUUAAAGAAGACGAACAGAGGAACUCAGCUGCAUAAAUACUUCAUGAAACGCAGAACGCUGCUGCUGGCCCUGCUGGCCAGUGAGGUGGAGCGUCUGACCACUUGGUACAAUCCUCUGGGCAGCCAGGAGCUGCAGAUCUCAGCCGAACAGUCUGUGGAGACCAGCAUCACCAACUGGAGGUCCAAAUACAUCAGCCUGACCGAGAAACAGUGGAAGGACAACGUUAAUCUAGCGUGGAGCAUCUCGCCGUACCUCGCACUACAGCUGCCGUUUUUAGUGACGUGGCACACGAUCGACGCUGAUUCUCCUGAGCUGAGUCAUAUCUUGUGUUGGGCUCCGGCCGAUCCUCCCACGGGACUCUCGUAUUUCUCCAGCAUGUAUCCGCCGCAUCCGCUGACCGCACAGUACGCCGUCAAAGUCCUGCGCUCCUUCCCUCCUGAUGCUAUUCUGUUUUACAUCCCACAAAUUGUUCAGGCCCUCCGUUAUGACAAGAUGGGGUACGUGAGAGAAUACAUCCUGUGGGCUGCACAGAAGUCUCAGCUUCUGGCGCAUCAGUUCAUCUGGAACAUGAAGACCAACAUCUACACAGAUGAGGAGGGACACCAGAAAGACCCUGACAUCGGCGAUCUUCUGGAGCAGCUGGUUGAAGAGAUCAUCGGUUCUCUCUCGGGUCCAGCUAAAGAUUUCUACCAGCGCGAGUUUGACUUCUUCAACAAGAUCACCAAUGUCUCAGCCAUUCUAAAGCCGAUUCCUAAAGGUGACGAGCGGAAGAGAGCGUGUCUGCGAGCCCUGUCUGAUAUCAAAGUCCAGCCAGGCUGUUAUCUGCCCAGUAACCCUGAAGCUAUAGUCCUGGACAUUGACUAUAAAUCAGGACUGCCGAUGCAGAGUGCUGCCAAAGCGCCGUAUCUGGCCAAAUUCAAGGUGAAACGCUGUGGAGUGAGUGAACUGGAGAAAGAGGGCUUGCUGUGUCGCUCCGACUCGUUGGAUGAAGCUCAGAGUGGAGAAGACACACAGAAGAUCUGCUGGCAGGCGGCUAUCUUUAAAGUCGGAGACGACUGCAGACAGGAUAUGUUGGCGUUGCAGAUCAUCGGUCUGUUUAAGAACAUUUUCCAGCUGGUGGGACUCGAUCUGUUCGUUUUUCCAUAUAGGGUGGUCGCUACAGCGCCAGGGUGUGGCGUCAUCGAGUGCAUCCCAGACUGUAAGUCCAGAGAUCAGCUGGGACGACAGACGGAUUUCGGGAUGUACGAUUAUUUCCGUAACCAGUACGGAGACGAAUCCACUCUGGCCUUCCAGAAGGCGAGGUAUAAUUUCAUCCGUAGCAUGGCCGCGUACAGUCUGCUGCUCUUCCUGCUGCAGAUCAAGGACAGACACAAUGGAAACAUCAUGCUGGACAGACAGGGCCACCUCAUCCACAUCGAUUUCGGCUUCAUGUUCGAGAGUUCUCCGGGUGGGAAUCUGGGCUGGGAGCCGGACAUCAAACUGACCGAUGAGAUGGUGAUGAUCAUGGGCGGGAAGAUGGAGGCCACGCCCUUCAAGUGGUUCAUGGAGAUGUGUGUGCGCGGAUACCUGGCCGUCAGGCCGUAUAUGGAUGCUGUGGUUGCCUUGGUAACACUGAUGCUGGAUACAGGAUUGCCCUGCUUCCGCGGUCAGACCAUCAAACUGCUCAAGCAGCGUUUUAACCCUGGAGUGAGUGAGAAGGAAGCAGCAGCUUUUAUCAUCAAAGUCAUUCAGAACUGCUUCCUGAGCAGCAGGAGCAAAACAUAUGACAUGAUCCAGUACUAUCAGAACCAGAUCCCCUACUGAAGGCCAGAGAGUGUGUGUGUGGGUGUGUGUGGUUCUCUUACUGUCUCUUAAUGCUAAAUUGCACUGCUGUCUUGGUCUGGUGUGUUUGUGCACUUUAUACACCUGAAAUGUGUUUGCAUGAAUUUCUUUGCACCGAUAUCAGCACUUAUGAAAUGUUUUCUGCACACGUCACACUGUCUGCUGCAUGCGGCUUUUAAAAUUACAAAAUCACUUUUGUGCCAUUUUAAUAUUUAUAUUUGAUGUGAUUUUGUUGUCUUAAUUUCCAGUUAAAUCAUGUGGUUAUUAAUCUACUGCAGAUGUGUUUAUGGACAUGAACGGCCUGGACUACAGACAAAUGUCAUAUUUUAGAGGUGACAAAUUUACACAUUAACGCACAAACUAACAAAAAUCAGUAUUUGAUUGUUUCUUAUCAUGUAAUAGAGGAGAGAUGUUUGAAGAGUUGAAGUGUUUGGUUUUUCUUGGCA